ACUGAGCAUGCGUACAUUAGUCAUCCAUCAUGGAGGAAGAGGGAGUCGAAAAUCUAUCUCCACAAGAAACUUUAUCAGCAAAACACAAAAAGGAAGCAAAAGAACUCCAAGCUCAAAUUCAAAAAUUGAAGCACAGUGUACCAAAGGGGGACAAGAAGAAGAAGAAAGACGUAGCUGCACAGAUUGCCAUUCUUGAAGCAGAACUCGAACAGAAGCACGAAAAAGAAAGACAAGAAUUGAACGACACAAGUGCCAAAGGGGUUGAUGAAACAGCAGAGCAACUAGAAAACCUAUCAACAUCAGUUACACAGAAUGCAUCACAGCCAAAGAAGCCAAGCAAAGCACAGAAAAGAAAGGAGAAAAAAGCACAGCAAGAAAAAGAGAGGGAGGAAAGGAUACGAGAACAAGAUAUUGAAAAUCUGAGUGGAGUCAGGCAUUUGGAAGCUCAGAAAAUGAAGUCAAUUCUAGGCAAAAGGAAAUUAAAGAUUUUUGAGAUUCCAUCAGAUGGAAAUUGUCUGUACUGUGCAGUAGAGGAUCAGCUGAAGAGAAAAGGAAUAGAGAGUAGUAUGCAGCAACUAAGACAGAAGGCUUCAAACCAUAUGAGGGAGCACAGGGAUGACUUCAUGCCAUUUUUAACAAAGCCUGAGAGUGGGGACCCUUUUACUGAAGACGACUUUGACAACUAUUGUAAGGAACUUGAAUCCACAGCCGCAUGGGGUGGCCAGUUAGAGGUUCGUGCUUUGUCUAAUGUGCUCAAACACCCCAUAGAAAUCAUCCAAGCUGAAGGACCUCCUAUGUUGAUAGGAGACGAGUAUAAGGAUGAUGCGUUGCUGUUAUCAUACCACCGCCAUGUGUAUGGUCUUGGAGAACAUUACAACUCUGUUAUCCCAUAUACUGAAAGUGAUGAAGAAGAGGAGCUCAGCUAGUAUUGGACAAUGGUUUAAUAUUCUUAUUGGAUGAGAAUUUUAUUUAAGAAAUUGACUGUCAAGGAUUUAUGCUAAAACCUUACCUUUAAUGGACAUUUUGAACCCUGGAGCCCAACAGUUUAUACAUUCUAGAAAGAGAGAGAUGGUGAUAAUGAUGACAGCUUUUCCUAGUCCAGCUGGGUAAGAGUUGAAAAACCAACAACUAACUGAUGAGUUUUGAUACAUAUAUUUUGUGUCAAUUUCUUGAUACUUACAUUGGUA